AAUUGCUCGGGAGCGGAAGUUGCCUGCUGAGAAGCUGCGAGACGGUUGAUUGUGUUUGGGAGCCGUUUCUUGAUGGUGACUAGAAUGACGGCAAUCGCCCACCGCCUGCCCUGACUCCACUGGCGGACAGAGCUGCAACCGCCUUCUCUCUUUCGCCCCCGCAGGCCGAGGAACCGAGCUGUGAAUGACAGACAUCGUAUCCUCCACUAUACUUAGUGAAAUACAACUUCGGUUACUCUGUCAUGAUGACAUAGAUACAGUGAAGCUUCUAUGUGGUGACUGGUUCCCAAUAGAGUACCCAGAUUCAUGGUACCGGGACAUCACAUCCAACAAAAAAUUUUUUUCCUUGGCUGCCACAUAUAAAGGUGGUAUUGUGGGGAUGAUAGUAGCUGAAAUAAAAAGUCGAUCGAAGGUACAUAAAGAGGAUGGAGAUAUUUUGGCCUCUAGUUUUCCCAUAGAGACACAAGUUGCUUACAUUUUAAGUCUAGGUGUUGUAAAAGAAUUCAGGAAACAUGGAAUAGGUUCCUUGUUACUUGAAAGCCUGAAGGACCACAUAUCAACCACAGCUCAAGACCAUUGCAAAGCAAUCUAUUUGCAUGUCCUUACUACCAAUAGUACUGCCAUCCACUUUUAUGAAAACAGAGACUUUAAACAACAUCAUUACUUGCCCUAUUAUUACUCCAUACGUGGCGUUUUGAAGGAUGGCUUCACUUACGUUCUUUAUAUCAAUGGGGGACAUCCUCCUUGGACAAUCUUUGACUAUCUUCAACACAUUGGCUCAACUCUGGUGAAUCUGAGGCCUUGCUCCAUUCCCCAGCGAAUAUAUCGUCAGGCACAGAAUCUUAUUCGCAGUUUUUUACCCUGGCCUGGUAUCUCAGCAAAAGGUGGUAUAGAGUACAGCAGGGCAAUGUGAUCGCUUUUGUUUUUAAAGCAAACAAUUUGCAAAGCUACAAAACAACAGUCUGCACUGAUUAAAUUUGUAUUUCUUCUGGACGUCUAUAUGCCAAGCAGGGAGAAGGGGAUGCUGUAUUUUAAGAUGCUUGGGGGCACUCCCUCACUGAUGCAAUUCGAAUUCUAUAUGGAAUGUAUUAUAAUACAGUGUUACCUAUAUGUUAAUGGAACAAGUGCACUGUGUUAAGAUUCAUCUGUUCCGUUAAUGUCUUUUAAUUACUUCUACACUCUGUAAUUUGCUGCUAUCUAGAAAACCACUGUAUGUCUUAUUUGUAAUUAUAUGUGAAUUCUAUUUGUUGAUUUUCAUGGUUUCUUUUGAUUUUGUUUGAAUAUUUCAGUUUUAUUACACACCUUGUGUGUAUGGCAAAGAUUCUAUAUUUGGAUUUUACUGUAUUCAGGUUUUAAAGUUGUUGGACUGGUUUAUGCACAUUCUUAAUUUUGUCACCUUUACCUAUAUUCAUUCAUCUAAUUGUUUGAUUUUGUGACUAUGCGAAACAAAAUCGACAUCUGUGAUUGAUCAACGAUUUGGUUUUAAAGAAAUUCUGCUUUGAGUUGCAAUAUAUAGUAGUAAAAUGUUUAUAUAUACAUGUACUCUACAGAACAAAAUUAAUUGUAUUUGAUUUACCUUGUGUCCACAUGGGGGCAAAAUAUUCAGACAGCUCAGUCAUCUUUUACGCCACAUAAAUGACCCACCUUGUGAAUUCAAAAAAAGGGAGUAAAAGAAGUCCAAGAUAGAUGACUUUUGCCAUUUGCCACAACUGUUCCUCCUGCUAUUCGUUAUUUUGUUGUGUCAUACUGCAUUCUGAUCUGGAAAUGCAAACUUUAAGCUUUCAAGAUCAGGAAAAGACAUUUUUUAGAAAUUCAGAACACUUUCUAUCUAAAUUUGUCUUGAACCGAGCUUCACAAAACAAGCUUGAGUUUAGAUCUAAUUUUCCUUCCUAGAAGUGAAUUUACAUUUUUAUUUGCUUUGCAGUGCAUAAAUUAUGACAGAGGUUGUGUGGCUUUCUCUAUAUGCCAGACUGUAACAAUCAAAUGUGUAAAUAUUACUGCGUUUUUAUCUGGUUUUUCUAUAUGCCUGAUGAUUACUGUAAUGGUGUAAUAUGUAUGGCGUUGCAGGUCACAGAUGGGAAUACAGAUCAUUAUGAACUAUUAGAACUACUGUAAAAAGUGUUCCUAUGUGACAUGUCAAUAUACAUGAAUUUCAGAUUUUUUUUAGCUUCAGUGAUCUAGCUGUUUAAACAUUUUUAACUUCAUUCCAUGAUUCUGUUUCACUACUUAAAAAUGCCUACACUGUUUUCACAGGUUUUUAAAAUAAUUUCAGCAUCAAUGACAAUCAGUGUAAGACUUUUAAACAGUAAUUGCACUUUAGAUGUAUAGUAAAUGUUAAAUAUAUUAUGUAGUGGCAUCCUGUUAUCUGGGCAGCAGUCGUGACUUAAUACACUUAGAAUUCUGAUAUGUUGUUGAGAAUCAGUAUUCAUUGUUUAUCAAAUAUGACACCAAGCUGUGCAAGAAAUAGAACCAUAGAACCAUAGUUUGAAAUGAAGAUCGAAUAUGUUCAGAAUUUCAGUCAAAUACAUCAACACUAUAUUAAAGAUUCCAAUUAAUGUAGCAUCAGUUGUAUUUUGCUUUGUUGGAUUUCUGUUGUUCGUUGUCCUUGCUAGAAAUUAACAGCAUUUCUCACAUAUUGAACCACCAGUUGAUUUCUGGACUCCUGUAUUGAUUUGAUUUAUGAAAUAUAGCAGUUGCAUUCACUGUUUUUAAAUAGAAUUAUUACAUUUUGUAAAGCAAGAAACAAAACAUCUGAAUUCUUGUGCGGAUUUAUUUUUUAAAACAAUUAGGAUACAUAAAUUUACUGUUCACUACACUGUAAGAAAUCUUAUUCAAUCUAUUAAAUAUUACAUCAAAAUUA